UGAAUUAACAGACCAAGAAGUUAGGCCUUUAUCACCCUCACCAGCUACUGGGAACAUUAAUUCACUCUAUGCUGAUGAUAAUUGUGAAGAAAAUCAGAUUGAAGAUGAAAAAUAUACUGAACUAUAUGAAGUCAAUACAGAAUUGGUAGAUAAUCCUUUAUUUGGUGGA